GCUCCCCGGGGCCGCCGCUGCCCUGUCCCCGAGGCUGGGGGCUUUGCUUGCUGGGCCCGCGACGCUCGCCCCGAAGCAGGAGGAGAAGCUUGAGGAGGAUGCCUGGGCCCGUCCCACGCGGCCCUGGGUGAGGCAGCCCGCGCGGCCGCCGGCGCCAUGGGAAGGAGAGGGCGCCGCUGCUGCCCCCCGCCGGCGCGCGCACGACUUGAGCCCAGCCACGGGCAACCCCCGGCUGCGGGCCCCCAAGUGACGCUGGCGGCCCCUGGGAGUGUGGCGCGGGCUCGGGGCCACGCGGAGGAGCGCAGUGUCCAGUGAAGCAGUGGAGGACCCGCCGCCCGCGUCGCCGCCAUGGUUAUGUCCCAGGGCACCUACACGUUCCUGACGUGCUUCGCCGGCUUCUGGCUCAUUUGGGGGCUUAUCGUUCUGCUCUGCUGCUUCUGCAGCUUUCUGCGCCGCCGCCUCAAACGGCGCCAGGAGGAGCGACUGCGUGAGCAGAACCUGCGCGCCCUCGAGCUGGAGCCCCUCGAGCUCGAGGGCAGCCUGGCCGGGAGCCCCCCGGGCCUGGAAACUGGCCUCAUUCUCCCGACCCGUUCCCACCCUACAGCGGAGUCGGACAUGUCUAAGCCGCCGUGCUACGAAGAGGCAGUGCUGAUGGCCGAGCCUCCACCGCCCUACAGCGAGGUGCUCACGGACACGCGGGGCCUGUACCGAAAGAUCGUCACGCCCUUUCUGAGCCGCCGCGACAGUGCGGAGAAACAGGAGCAGCCGCCGCCCAGCUACAAGCCACUCUUCCUAGACCGGGGCUACACGUCCGCGCUGCACCUGCCCAGCGCCCCGCGGCCCGCAGCGCCCUGCCCUGCGCUCUGCCUGCAGGCCGACCGCGGCCGCCGGGUCUUCCCUAGCUGGACCGACUCAGAGCUCAGCAGCCGCGAGCCCCUGGAGCACGGAGCUUGGCGCCUGCCGGUCUCUAUCCCCUUGUUCGGGAGGACUACAGCCGUAUAGAGGGGCGUCUCGGCCCCACCCGCGGACUCCUGGCCCGACCGCGGGGCUUUUUAAAUGCUUCCCUUGGACUGGGGUGGGGGAGGGAGGGAUUUCUUACCCUGUUUGUUACAUUUUGAGGAUAAUAAAG